AUGGCGGCGGCGGCGGCGGCGGGGGGGAGGCGUCGUUUCCGCUUCCGAGACCGAGCAGCCCCUCCCAGAGGCGGCGGGAAGCGGAGCGCCGGACGCGGCCCCGGGCAGGGAGGCGCCGCUUCCUCAGCACCUUCCGCGGGAUCCGCCGUUGCCGCCCGGGGCUGGGAGCGGAGGGAGGGCGCCCGGCAAGAAGCCGGCCAGGGCGGUGGCUGCGGACCGAAGGCGGGUCUCCAGCCCAGCCCGGGACGGGACGGGACGGGCGCUGAGACUGGCCGAGGCCGGAGAGAGCCGGCCCGGAGGAGCCUCGGCGGACCACCGCCUGCUUUCUUCGCCAGCCAGCACAAGCCAACCUCAGCCAAGCCCCCGUCGGCCUGCCUCCCCUGGCUGCCGGCUCCCUGGCUUCGGUUCUCGGCCAGGCAGGCGGGGGCAGCCCCGCAGUUCCCCAGAAGGCCGGGCGCUGCUUUGGAGGGGGGCGCCGUGGACGUCAAAGUAGGGCUGUCGAAGUAGCUCUGGGGGAGCCCCAGGAAAGAAAGUGCGGGUCAGGGGAGGGGGGGGGCAUUCUGGGCUCAGAAUCGUAGGUCAAGAAGGGACCUUGGAGGUCAUCUAGUCCAGGGGUCCUUUUGGACCUCAGGGACCAUCAAAUCCAUAAUUUAAAAUCCCGUGGACCACGUGGGGGGGGGGUGAGGCUCAGCCGCCUUUUCGGGCCUACCUCUCUGCUUCUGUGAGGCCUCCAGGUGGGAGGCCCGAGAGAAAGCGCCUGGUCCAGGUGUGCAGCUUGGAAACCUCUUUUGUGUUCCUUCUCUCAAGACGCUUGGUCAAUCUGAGUGAAGGAAAACAAAGACAGGCAGACUGAUGAUGGCUUGCUGAUGUUGGUGGGAAAGUUGGUCCCAGAGCUGUAGUAGUCACAGGACUGGCCCUUUGGUCAUCCCAGAGCAGAUCCUCCACCCAGGGGCACCAGCCUGCAGGCCACUGCACCCAGGAUGCACCCGGGAUGACCAAAGGGCCAGUCCUGUGACUACUACAGCUCUGGAAUAUUGGACCAGCCCGUGGUGGGGCUGGAGAUCUCUGCCAUAGGGGUGGUACCUGCAACGUGCAAUUUUACACGUGUGCAACUUUGCAGGUGGUGCAAUGUACAAAAAGGAGAGCAGCCCUCGCUGGCUGGAAUGAGGUGCUUUGGAGACUAGGUCAACCCCCUCUUCUCUGUGACAGCCCCUCAAGUACUGGAAGACAGCCAUCAUAUCACCCAUUCAGAAUAAGAGUUGGAAGGGACCUUGUAGAUCAUCUAGUCCAGCGGUUCUCAACCUGUGGGUCGGGACCCCGUUGGGGGUCGAAUGACGAUUUGCCAGGGGUCGCCUAAGACCAUCGGAAAUAUGGGAAGUAUACUUGCAAGUCGAAGAACCGCGCUCCAAUGGUUGACUCCACAAGCCAGCUGCAGGCUCUUCAAAUUGCUAGCCGAAUUCGGCUUCAGGCGCGAUGAAUUAAAAAAGAGAGAAAUCUUUGCUCUGAUGUCUCCCUCUCAAGCCAGCUGCAAUCACUCCCAGUCGCUAGCCUAAUCUGGCUUCAGGCGUGAUAAACUUAAUAGGGGAGGAGUCUCCGCUUUAAUGCCUCCGUCCUCAAGGCAAUCGCAAGCAGUUCAGAUCGCUAGCCAAUACGGCUUCAAGCACGAUAAAUUCAAAACGAAAAUAAUUAAAAAAAAAAAAAAGUUUUAUUUUUACAAUCAUAUCAAGCAAUUCAUCCAAUGUACAGUUACAUACAAUUAGUCGGGCUUGCCCAGUCACCACCCCCCUUUUUAACACUCUUCCCUCUUCUACCUUCUUUUACUUUCCAAACCUUCCUCUCCUUCUCUUAUCUACAUCCUCUCCUCCCUCCACCCUACACCUUCCUUCUCCCUCUUCUAACCCUCUUCCUUCCUCUUCUCCUCUUUCCUACCUCCUACUCUCUCUUUUCUCCCUCCCCACCGUUCUAAAAUGGUAACUGGGCAGACCUGACCCUACAUUAAUUAUAUUUAUACAUCUUCAAUAAUCCCUGUACAUUAACCAUCACUCCAUCUCUACCCUCAACCCCCCAAUUCCCCUCCCCCUUACCCCCCACCCCACACCCCGACUUCCCAGAACAAAAUGCAGGGUAUCAAAACUAACAAUCAUAAUCCAAAAUAAUUCCUAAAUUAUAAUCUCUAGUCACUCCACACUUAAUCACACUCUCAAUUCCCCUCUCCUUCAGAAAUAUAUCUAAUACAAAAUAUUUCCUAAAUUUACUCAUAUGCUAUUCGAUAUUUUUUUAUCUGAUACUUAUUUUGAAUAUAAUCAAUCCACAUUUUCCAUUCUAAAAUAUAUUUUUCUUGUGUAUAGUCUUUCAAGUAAGCAGAGAUUUUUGCCAUUUCUGCCAGAUUUGAUACUUUGAGUGUCCAUUCUUCAAUUGUAGGUAAUUCUUCUUUCUUCCAAUAUUGAGCAA